GCUACUUUCAUGCUUAUAGCAUGCUCAGAGCGCUUUGGUCUAAUCUCAGUUGUGGACCAGUUGGGGGGGGGGGUAUCUAGGAAAAAGGUUUUUCCGUGCUGCCUUUAGGCGCUCAGUAAACAUAACUCUGCCCGAGUAGAGUUGUCGAACCUCGAGUCAUUUAGCCUCUCGACCACGCUUCCCACAAUACCUCUAUUCAAGUCACAACUUCAUGGAUGAUGGAAACUGGACACGGGUUUCUCUUCAGUCACCCAGUCGACUGGUGAAGCUUUGUGUGGUUUCAGGGGCAGUAAUUCUGGUGUCAUUCCUGGCCUACUGCUACACGUCUUUACCGUACUUCAGAACAAAAUGUUUACAAGAGGUCGAAAAGUCACAAAAUCUGGUAACAACAAUGACUGCUGCAUUAAUCAAAAUGUUACAGGAAUCCACUGAUAUGAAGCCACAUAAUGUUACAGCAGAUUGUAAAAACAUAUGGAAAAACUGCCGCCCUGAAAACUGCUCAAAGUCUAUAAGCCAAAAUGCUGAAAAAAGAAUACAAGAUUUACUGUCGCCUAAACUGACCCUAAAUGACCAGGAUCGUCAGCUCAUAUCUUACUUAGCAUACUUGAUACCGGCCAGUGACGUCAUAUUCACAACCGGAGCGUCCAGUAGCCACUAUGAUGAGAUGCAGGCAAUGGUUCAGAGUCUUUACCGAGUUGUCUACCCUAGAGUUCAGAACAAGACUUUCGUUGUGUUAGAUCUAGGGCUGACACUGACACAGAGGCUCAAAACUACCAAAUCGUGCCGCUGUCUAGUGAUUACAUUCCCCUUCAGCAAAGUGCCCAGCUAUUUCAGAGAGCUAAGUUUCUGUGCCUGGAAACCUGUACUGAUCAUGGCCUGCAUGAUGAGGGCGAGAAGGCUAGUGGUGUACCAAGACACUUCUAUUUACUGGAAAGACACGAUUGCUGAGCUUCUAGACAGGGGAGAUAAGCUUGGUCUACAAAUAUGGGGAGGUAAAGACAUGCACAACAUCCCUGUGACCACAUUGAAAGGAACGUUUGACUACUUUGGGGAAGAGCCUUGUGCCUACCUGAACUAUACUUCCCUUCAGGCUGGGAUCAAUGUAUUUAAACAAACACCUUUUGUAGUUAGAACUAUACUGGAACCUUGGGCCAAAUGUGCUCUAGAACCUAAUUGUAUCUGCCCAGGAUGUACAAUAAACCACCUGUAUUGUUUCAAACCUAAAAAAGAAAUACACAUGUGUCAUAGAUUUGACCAAUCAGUGUUGUCCAUCAUAACGACCAAAUUGUUUUCAUACGAACGUUACAGAUUUCACAUGCCUGGAAGUGAUUUGAAUGAUGGCAGAUAUGUGAACAUUAACAGGGGACAGAAAAGCCCAACCUACUUUAACAAAGCUCAUUAGAUGUUC